ACCAAAAAGUUAGCAAGUGUCAGGGAGCACUUGUAAAUGAAUAAGGGAAGAGUGAGGUGAGGGAGGGGUGGUGAGAUCAAGAGAUCUGGAGAGAGAGAAUGCUCUCACAGGGAGAUAGAAAGAGAGAGAGGAAAAGGGAGGGAGGAAGCAAAGAGGCGUUUAGAGAGUGAGAAGGAGGAGAGGCAGAGGCAGGAUGAAGAGAGGAACGGCUGAGCAGUAGCGAGGAGAAAGACACAAAGUGGAUAUUUCUAUGUGGCUUUCUACGUGUCUGCUGCCGCCGCCAAACUGAUCCAAUGAAACUCUCCAGUAAGGGCUACACUUAGGCACCCGGCGAGAUGAUAGGCUGUGUGGAGCUGCCGAGAUGUGCAGGCGUUGACAGUGACAGUGUAGCGCAGUAAGGAGCCGAAGAGUGGGUUGACCCUCUGGGACGUUUGAGAUAUGAAUGGCUCGCUACGUUGGGACGUCUGCUCAGCCUGCGCUAAGGUUUGCUCGCACGAUGGAGGUCUGAUUGACAGCUCUUGCAUGAUGAUGAACACACAAAGAAAGAAAUCCCGGAUUGAAAGCAAUUCUUUAGAUUGAAAUCAUUUUUUCAUCCAAGUGAGUGGCGCUUCAGUUCAGAAGAAUCCACAGUAAUCUGACAGUGAUGCUGUGUCGCAGCCUUUGCUUCUGUCUGUGCCCCUCAUUCUCCCGUGAGGCCCAUGUGACCUAGCCUACACCCACACAUAGGGGGCCCCCACUGCCGCUGGAGCCCACCCAUGAAUCCCAUCCCCGACCGCGGCAAAGAGUGCCUCCCUCCCAAGAAGAGGGAGUCUCGGCAAGGGUCGUCAGAACACCAACUUCCCCCUCCUGAUGAAUUUAAGCCCCCUGUGCCGCUUCGGAGUAGGUCCAAUGCAGGGCGAGGGGAGGGCAGCAGGGAGGUCAGUGACAGGCAGAGAACCCUGAAUACUCCUAACUCCCAUCUCCUCCACACUCCUCCGCCCCUUCCCCCUCCAGCGCCCCUGCCCCUGCCACUGCCAUGGCCCCUGAGCUACUCUUCCCCUGUGUCCCUUCCUCUCUUUCAAGGGCAUGUAGUGGAGAGGAGAGGCUCUGGGUCUCCUGCCUGGAGAGACGAUCCCCUCUCAUCACCACUGCCACACCACUCCAGGUGGCUUCGAGCAGAAGGGCCCCUCUCCUCCCUGUCCUCCACUUCCUCCUUUAAAACUCCCUUCCCAGCUGAUUCUCGAGAGAUGUGGUCCUACAUGAACAGCGGCCGACGAGAUUACAGCUCUUCUGUUUUCUCCCCAUCAUACUUGUUUGGUCAUACCGCUCUCUACCCUCAAGAGCCAAGUUUAGCUGAAGCCAGACAGAGGUACUUAGGAAAGAGGCCCAAUGGGUUGGAUGGGCCAGGCAGCAGGACUGCCUCUACCUCCAGGCCUUUGCUCACAGGAGAUUACGGACAUGAUAGCAGCAGAACCAGAUUGGACACAAGUCCACAAAGCUCCCAUACCAAUGGUGGACGGAGACAGCAGGAAGAUCUGACACCUGAAGCCCAAUCCAGGGGUUCAUUUUCCUCAGACUCUAAAGCUCAGGAGGUCCAUGACUCACAUUCCUCAAUACAGGACAGACAUCGGCAAGAAAUACCAACAAGCCCUCAUCCCCUGGGACCAGACCCCAGGGUAGGUAGAGGGGGGUUACUGGACGCCGUGGUGGCCUCAGGCACUGAAGCACACAUCUACUACUCCUUGGGAUCCGUUUGCCAGCCAAGCCCUAAGGCUUCCCAGUCCUACCCACCCUACAGCCCCUCAGGAAUACCACUGUACAACCUGCAAGUAGAGCCAGGCCCAAAGAAGCACAAUCCAAGGAACUCCCCCCAAUCGUCCCAGGAUCAGCUGAACAGCCAUGACAGGUCACAAAGAGAUCAUGACAGAGACCAAGACAAAGACAGAGACAAGGACAGGGAGCGAGGUAAAGAAAAAGACAAGCACCUGAAACAUAACAGGGAUCAUGUUCACACCUCACCCCCUGCCCUUCACUCGUCUCCCCCUGCGCUCCUACCUCACUUCACCAAGGGUUCACUCAUUGAGCUGGCCAGCGGGCAGUUGAAACAGGUGGAGGAUCUACGGACAGAGGACUUCCUGAGGAGCGCUGAUACCUCCCCAGAGUUCCACCUGAGCACCUGCACAGUGCUGCUCAUUUCUCCCAGCAGUGCACAGGGCAUCAGCCACCUGCAGGUCCAUCUCACAGACCGCAACACUCAGGAGUUACUGAAGGUCUUGGUGGAGUAUCCAUUCUUUGUCCAGGGCCAGGGUUGGUCGUCUUGUUGCCCCCGGAGAACCACAGAGCUCUAUGGCCUUCCCUGCCGCCAGCUCACAGAGGGGGAUGUUUGCCUUGCUCUCACCCCUACACCCAAGCAACCCCACCGGACACAUGCGCGUUCCUCCUCCAGAGUCCAACGCGCACACCACCUGUCCAGGGCUGCGGUGGGAGGGUCUAGCAGCUCGAACAGGGAGAAAAUGCCACCUCCUCCGCCUCCUCCCCCUCUUCCUUUACACCCGCCCGCUACCGGGCCACAGCACGCUCUGACUGCAGAACCUCAGACUGAAGAGCCCGCACGCCCUCGUAAACGGCGCUGGUCAGCCCCUGACACCCUUCCCUCAACAGGAACCGAUGAAAGUCUCAUGGAUUUACCUCAAGGCUCCAAGCUGAUGAAGUGGCAGUAGAAACUUGCACAUGCACACAUGUUGACCUACAGUAAGCACAUGUAUACGCUCCAUGUCUCUGUUGUGCCCACUUGGGUUGCAGGGAUGGAAUAAAGAACAAUCAAAAAUUACGGGUGUUCACACUGCUGCCCUAAGGCUUAACCUUGUCUACUUGUUGCACCCCUCCUUUCAUUUCCUUUCCUCUCCUUGCCUUCCCUUCAGUUUCCUUUCCUUCCCUUCAGUUUCCUUUGCUCAACAGUGACAGGAGCAGCGUCUGAAAGAUGUCUGGGUGGCUCUUUACAGACACACUGAAGACAUUAGUGAGACAAUCAAGCACUCGUCUGUGUUCACUCUGUUUAUGUAAUGUCCGUCCCACACACAUAUUUACCGACAGUGUGUCCUGCAGGGUAUCGAUUUCAAUCAGUGUUAUGAAAGUAAGCGCUAUUGAAACAUUGCAGAUAUACGUAUAUACAUAAAACAAAAAUUGACUUAAUAUAUUACAUGUGUACAGUGAGUAUGCUAAAAAGAUUUAAUGCAAUUUUUUGUCAAUGUCCAGAUACAUUGUGUUCAUCUUAUUUGUUUCUUGCUUCUGAACCAUUGUCAAACCGGGCAGGCAAGAUGAAUGUAAGAGUGCAAGCAACUCUUCGCCUUUUUUUAAUCUCAACACCUUCAACGAGUUGUUUGUCAAGGCAUUACUCUCCGAUAUGUUCUUAACAUUAUCUCUGAGAAUGGGAGAACACUAAUGAAAACCGCGUAUGAGACAAUCACGCCCACAAGGACAGAUGUGUACCACAUAGCCUCCACACUGUAUUUCCAUUAAAAGCUGAAUAGUGGAAAGAUUGCAGUAAAGGCUGAAGAGUAAUGGUGCUAAUAACACAUUGGAACAGGAUGCUUUGUGGAUAUGCGCAACCCCCGUGUACUGUACACUUGUGUUUCCAUGUCAUUGUCGCGUACUGUAUAUGUCUGAAAGCAGGGAAAAUGAUGAAAGUAUUUUAAACUCUGAUACGGGUAUCUCCUCUGAUUCAGCACACUCUUUCACUUUAGUUUUUGUGACAAAACCAUACAUGUUAAUUAUUCCUUCUAAAUGUCAUAGCUACAAAAUGUAUAUUUUUUAAAAUUGUGAAACUGUUAUAUGAUGUUCGCUAGAAAUAAACGGAAAGAAAAAGCUUCAUAAAUGUAAUUAUCGCUGCUGAUUUAUUCCCAGCACUGGUUGAAAACAGCUUUGCAAAACACUUGAUUUACAACUUUUAUUAGGUUACAAAAAUAUGCAAGUAUCUUGUCUGGUUGAAGAGAAAUGCAAAAUGCAAUACCGUGGAACCUCAGUCAAACACUAUCCGUUCCUUGUUCGGAUAAGAUUUUCUUUUUCUUGCAGAAGGAGGAUACUUCAUGGAAGGUGAGUCACAUAAUGAUUUAUCAAUCUCAUUUUUUUAACACUCUCAGCUGCCAUAUAAGCAUAAGGAGAAGUUAACCACAGUUCAUAAUAAACUUAAAAACAAUAAAACGUGGGGCGGACGCUUCCUCACAUAUGCGCCUCACUAUUCCAUGCACAUUUCAUUC